AUGGCUCCAAACUCUUCGUCUGCAUUUCGUCGAGCACCUGCUCUGCUGCCGACUUCUCCGCCGACAUUGCGCGCCUCCACCACCACCUCCUCCUCCCCCUCCCCAGCCGGCCGAUGGACCGCCGCCAUCCGGGACCGCCUCGACUCCGGCCUCCCCGCGGCGGCCGUGUCCGUCUUCGCGGCGAUGCUCCGCGCGGGCACACGCCCGGACGGCUACACGCUCCCGCUCCUCAACCGCGCCGCGGCCUCCCUCCCCGCCCGCCGAGGCGAGGCCGGCCUCGUCGGCGCCGCGCACUCCGUCGGCGUCAGGGCGGGCUUCGCCGCCGACAUCUACUUCUGCAACACGCUGUUGGACGCCUACGCGCGCCGCGGGAUGGCCGCGCGCGCGGGGAAGGUGUUCGACGGAAUGCCCGCGCGCGACGUGGUUUCCUGGACGUCGCUGGUCUCCGCGCAUGCCGGUGUCGGGGACGUCCGGGAGGCGUCCCGCCUGUUUUCGGGUAUGCGGGUGGACGACUGCGCGCCGAGCGCCGUGACGCUCGCGGUGGUGCUCCGCGCGUGCACGGCCAAGGAGGACAUCGCCGGCGGGAGGCAGCUGCACUGCUACGCGGUGAAGAGCGGGUUAAGUGAUGAUUUGCUAGUUAUCAACUCGAUCUUGACGCACUUGUGCAGGAUGCAUGCCUUGAAUGAUGCAGUGGCGCUGUUCGAGCAGUCUCCGAGAAGAGAUGCAGUUUCUUGGAACAUUAUGAUCUCAGAGUAUUCUUCAGAAGGGAACAUUUGCAAAGUCACUGAUAUGUACCAUAGAAUGAGAACAGAGGAAGUGUGUCCAAGCUGUCAGACCUUAACGACGGUAGUUGGUACAUUCUCCAAGUACAAGUGUCUUCCAGAAGGUGAGAAACUGCAUUCUUUAGCAAUUAGGAGUGGCCUCAGUGAUGCAAUUUUGGUGGCAUCCUUUGUGGAUUUUUAUGCAAAAUGUGGCAGAUUAGAUUCAUCGGUUCAGUUAUUUGAAGAAUUCAGCGAAACAGGCAGCUGCAUAUGGUCAGCCAUGAACUGGGGCUUCAUUUACUGUGGACAAUUUACAGAAGUAAUUCAUUUGUUUGGGAGAAUGUUGAAAUCUCCGUUUACUCCCAGUGUCGACAUGCUGCAAGGACUAAUCAUCAGUUACAAAGAACUUGGUGCGUUACGGCUAGGUAAAGCAACUCAUGGGUAUAUGAUAAGGAACAAUUAUGAUGCGCAAUCUGACAAUAGCGCCUUGGAGACAUCUAUUGUUAAACUCUAUGCUAGCUGUGGGAGCAUUAAUUUCGCGCAAAGGCAGUUCGAUAGCAUCGAUAAGAAAGACAUUGUUGCAUGGAGUUCAAUGAUUGAAGCUUACGCUAUCCAUGGCUAUGCUAUGGAGGCUCUGGCAUUGUUCCACCGGAUGGUAGACGAAGGGGUAAGGCCAAAUGGGGUGACGUUCCUCAAUUUGUUGUCAGCAUGUAGUCACUCUGGGCUUGUUAGUGAAGCUCGUAAACUAGAUGGUGCUUUACAAGUGAUCAGUGAUAUGAAUGUUAUGCCGGAUGGGAGAAUUUGGGGUGCUCUCCUUGCUUCAUGCAGAACACACUCCAACAGUAAGCUUGCAUCUUAUGCAGCGGAGAAACUUAUGGAAUUGGAACCAGGUAAUGUUGGCUACCAUGUGGUGUUUAGCAAUGCACAAGCUGGUAGUGAUAGAUGGGAUGAAGUUGAAAGCAUUAGAAGCUCUAUGGUAGAGAUGGACCUGCAAAAGUUGCCUGCAUGGACCUGUGUUGCUGAGACUGGUAGCCCUUGA